AUGAAUUUAGUUUCUAUUCUUCUUGCUGCUGAACAAAAAUUUAAAAUUGUAUGUUAUUUUGCAAAUUGGGCGGUAAAACGUCCCGGCGGUGGUUCAAUGACACCGGAAGAUAUUGAUCCUUGUUUAUGUACACAUGUUAUAUAUGCUUUUUCUGAAAUGGAUAAUAAUCAAUUAACACCAAUGGAAAAACAUGAUAUAAAAGAUGGAAGUCAAGCAGGUUUCUUUGAACGAUUUAAUGCUUGGAAAAGUGUAAAUAAAAAUUUAAGAACUCUACUAGCUGUUGGUGGUUGGGAUAUGGGAAUGAAAGAUUUUGCAGGUAUUGUCAAAUCGGAAAAAACAAUGGUAAAAUUUGCGGAGUCAGCUGUAAAAUAUUUACGAAAACAUAAAUUUGAUGGUCUUGAUCUUGAUUUCGAAUACCCUGGUGUUGAUUGGAGAGAUAGUCCCAAAGAAGAUAAACAAAAAUUUACAAGAAUGUGUGAAAUUUUAUAUGAAACAUUUGAAAAAGAAGCAGAAGCUAGUGGUAAUGAACGUCUUCUUCUUACUGCUGCUGUCUCAGCUGCAAAAAUUAAUAUUGAUAAAGCAUAUGAAGUCGAUAAACUUGUUCCAGUAAUGGAUUGGUUUAAUUUAAUGACAUAUGAUUUUCAUGGUUCAUGGGAUCAAAAUCGUGCACAUCAUUCAUCACUUAAUAGUAAAGAUAAUGAAAAAGAUGAUACAAUGUAUAUUGAUUUUGCUGUAAAAUAUUAUCAAAAAUUGGGUAUGCCAGCUAAUAAAAUAAUGUUAGGUUUAGGAACAUAUGGACGUGGUGAUACACCAGCUAUGCCUUAUACUGGAUUUAAAGGUGAAAGUGGUUUUGUAGCGUAUUAUGAAAGUUGUAUUCAAAUUGUUUGUGAAAAAAUGAAAGAAACAUGGGAUGCUAAACAACUUGUACCAUUUAUAACUGGUCCAUAUAAUCAACCGAAAGCUGGUGUAGAAAAUGUUCGAAGUAUGAAAUAUAAAGCUAAUUAUAUAAAACAAAAUAAUCUGGGUGGUGCUAUGAUAUGGACUCUUGAUAUGGAUGAUUUUCGUGGACAAUUUUGUUGUCAAGGAAAAUUUCCUUUAAUAAAAACAAUUAAAGCUGUCCUACAUGGACAACUUAAAUUACUACCAAAAGAAAAAAUGUGUUCAACUUGUCCAACUAAAGAAUAUAAAGAUUUCAAACCUAAUUCUCAACCUCAACCACAAAUAACUGAAAAACCAACUAAAAAACCCAAGAAAUCUAAACGUGAUGCAGAAGGACCAACACCAGAAGAUGUAUGUGAAGAAUUAAAAGAUGGUCAAUGGCCAGAUCCAACUGAUUGCAAGAGUUACUUCCUAUGUCGAGGUGUGGGUAGUCAAUGGGGAGAACAAAAACGUGAAAUAUGCUAUGCUGGUUCUUAUUUUGAUCCUAAUGAUAAAACAUGUAAAUGGGUUGGUGCUGAUAAGAUUAAUUGUGAAGAACUUGUCGAAGGUUAUGAAAAUCCCGUUGCUGGCGUAACAGGUUCACCAGGAGAUGAUGCUGAUGAUGUUGAAGAUGAAGAUAUAACAAGUGAUAUGGGUACAUCAUCGAAAACAAAGAGUAAAUCAUCAUCAUUAUCAGCAUCAUCAUCAAGUAAAUCAAUGUCAAUAUUAAGUCGAUCGGUAUCAGAAUAUGAUACAUGUACACCUGAGAAAUCUGUUGAAUUUGAUCCUGUACAAGGUAAUUGAUAAAUUCCUAGUUUUCUUUUUUGACA